AUGUUGCCCGAAUCAAGUUCAUCUCAUGUUCAAAAUGCAUCUCGUGAAUCUAGUCAAGUUCCAGAAUUUUUAACAAAUGCGGUAGAAACGGCUAUUGUAGUUAAUUUAGAAAAUAAUGAAAAUCUGGGUUCCAAUAUAGAUAUUAGAAUAAACGAUGUAAGGAAGAAAAGAAAAUUGGCUUUGACGAAUCUAGAAAAACAAGCAGAGAAGAUGUUAAAAUUUUCCAAUUCCAAAUAUCCAUCGGCUAAACUAGUUAGGAUACGAGUGCCAGAUGUGGACCGAGCUCGUAGUGAUCAAAGAAAUCUACUAGCUACCGUGACAGAGAUAACUGAAAAAAAGCUUUACAAACUAGGCACAAAAUAUGGCAUACUAAAUCAGUUAUAUUCAAGAAACCAGUUUACCGUUUGUAAAGAAAAGUUUAUCUCCAUAGAAGAGAUUCCAGACACUGAGAUAUCUCUUAGAGAAUGCGCAAGAAAAUCUUCUAACUGUGGGGGACAAGGAUACAGUAGGUGCGGUUGUAAAGGUGGGUGUAAAUCUGAUAAGUGUACUGUAGAUGCAGUAAGUUCUUCAUUUUUAAAAAUUAUGAUUCAGCGUUUUUUUGAAAAUCAAAUGGUGAUGUUGCUGAGAUCAGGUUUAUAUUCUGCAUGCGUGAAAACAUCUUGUACAGCUUUAGCAACUUAA